GUUCUCCACCGAACCGCCGAGCCGGAAAUUUCCCCAAACAACAUUUUCACCGGCGAGCGGUUUGCGCUAUGACGGGUCCGCGACAAUGUCGAAGAGCUGGGCAUCAACGCUAAGGCUGCCCAAAUCGACAUUCCCACCGCGUCCUCUGCCGCAGAACCGGGAGCAGUACAUCAGGCAAUGCGCCGACGACUUUUACAAAUGGCAGGCCGCCAAUCGCCCUGCUGACGACGAAUUCCUCUUGCACGAUGGACCACCCUACGCCAAUGGCAGCCUGCACGCGGGGCACGCCCUGAACAAAAUCCUUAAGGACAUGAUCCUGCGCGUCAAGGUCCAGCAAGGUCGCCGCGUCUCGUACAUCCCCGGAUGGGACUGCCAUGGACUCCCGAUCGAGCUCAAAGCUGUGGGCACGGCCGAGGGCAAGCGCAUGAGCGCCGGCGCCAUCCGCAAGGCCGCGAGGAAGCUCGCCGCCAAGACGGUGCUUGAACAGAUGAAGAGCUUCCGCUCGUACGCCGUCAUGGCCGACUGGGACGCGCGCUGGACGACCAUGGACAUGGCGUACGAGGUCCGCCAGCUCCGGCUCUUCCAGCGCAUGGCGCGCCGCCGGCUCGUCUACCGGAAGUACAAGCCCGUGUACUGGUCGCCGUCGUCCGGCACGGCGCUGGCUGAGGCCGAGUUGGAGUACAAUGAGAACCACGUGUCCACGGCGGCCUAUGUGAGGUUUCCGGUUGUGGAGGGGUAUCACGGGCUGCCGGGACUGGACGGGUUUGCCGGGAAGUUGUUUGCCGUGGUAUGGACGACUACGCCCUGGACACUUCCCGCGAAUAGAACGAUUGCUAUCCACGACGAUCUGGCGUAUCACAUUGUCCGGUUCGGCGAAGACGCGUAUUUGGUGGCGGAAAACUGCCUGGAGCGCAUUGCGAAGCUGCUGGUUGGCGAAGGGGCCGCGCCGGAGAUUAUUGCCACAGUCAAGGGUAGCCAACUGACACAGCUACGCUACGUCAAUGUGCUCCAGGGCAAGUCGGCUGAGCCGCAGCCGUUCAUCCACGGCUCGUUUGUCACGGACGGCUCGGGGAGCGGAUUGGUUCAUUGCGCGCCGGGGCACGGGUUCGAUGACUACUUAGCCGGGCUGUCUCUAGGCAUCCCGGUGUCUGCGCCGGUGGACAGCGAUGGAUUGUUUACAGAGGAGGCUUACCCGGACGAACCGGCCCGUUUAAAGGGGAUAUCUGUGCUCGACGGUGGCAGCGCUGCGGUGUUGAACCUGCUUGGAGACGAUGUUCUGGACGUUCACAAGUACCGGCACAAGUACCCCUACGAUUGGCGGACCAAACAGCCCAUCAUCAUCCGGGCUACGGCUCAGUGGUUCGCCGAUGUGGAUACAAUCAAGGACGAGGCGCUAGCAGCGCUCGAAGAGGUGCGUUUUGUGCCCGAGAACGGCAAGAACAGGCUCGAGGCCUUCGUCAAGGGCCGCAGCGAAUGGUGCAUUUCGCGGCAGCGAGCCUGGGGCAUGCCAAUACCCGCGCUGUAUGAGCCGAAUGGCAAUGCCGUCAUGACGGACGAAGUCAUUGACCACAUUAUCUCAGUGGUUCAAGAGAGAGGGACGGACGCUUGGUGGACAGAUGCCCCCGAUGAUCCGGCCUGGAUCCCGGAGUCACUACGCGGCAAGGCGGCAUACACACGCGGUCGGGAUACCAUGGAUGUCUGGUUCGACAGCGGCACCAGCUGGACAAUGAUGGAGGAGAGGCAGGCAGAUCUUUACCUCGAGGGCUCCGACCAGCACCGCGGAUGGUUCCAGUCCAGUCUGUUGACGCGGGUGGCUGCCAUGGCGGACCAAGUCGCCGGAAGGUCUACCACAAACACGCUCGGCCUCUCGCCAUUCAAGACGCUCAUCACGCACGGCUUCACACUCGACCAAGACGGCAAAAAGAUGUCCAAGUCUCUGGGCAACAUCAUCUCGGCCGAUCAGGUCAUGGAUGGCUCGCUGCUCCCGCCGCUCAAGAGCAAGAAGAAGGGCGGUAACGCGGCGCCCGUCAAGGACGCCCUCGGUCCCGACGCCCUCCGCCUCUGGAUCGCCAGCAGCGACUACACGCGCGACAUCGUCCUGGGCGAGCCCGUCCUGAAGACGAUCCACCAGGCGCUCAGCAAGUACCGCGUUACCAUCAAGAUGCUCACGGGGAGCAUGCACCAGGCGGCGCGCACUGCACCGCUCACCGCCCUCGACCACAUCGCGCUCCUCCAGCUCAAAGACGUCAUGGACGAAGUGGGCAGACACUACGACAACCACGAGUUCAACAAGGCCUUCAGCAGCCUCAAUCGCUGGAUCAACAACGACCUCUCGGCCUUCUACCUCGAGGCGCUCAAGGACAGGCUAUACUGCGCGGACGGCGGUGGCGUGCUCGAGCCCAUCUUCAUGGGCUUCCUGCGCAUGCUGGCGCCCAUCACGCCCGUCCUGGUGGAGGAGGCGUGGGAGCACCGGCCGGCGUGGCUCAAGGAGGAUGCUGGGGUCGAACAUCCGCUGCGGCAGCUCUACAAGGCGCCGGUUAUCGACCCCGCCCGGCUCACGACCGACGAGGCGGAGCUGCGCGAGGCGGUGCCGGUGCUGAUGCGCACGCACGCAGCCAUCAGGGCGGCCUCGGAGCUGGCGAGGGAGAAGAAGCUGCUCGGGUCGUCGCUGCAGUGCGCGGUGGUGUUGGAGGUGCCUGAGGGGAAAGCGCUGGAUAUUCUGAGCAGAUACAGGAAUGAGCUGGAGGCCAUGUUCGUGGUGUCCUCGGUCGAACUCAACGGGGCCGUCGCGGAGGCCGAGUGGACGGUCCGCGAGGAGUUCGAGCUCCUUGGGACCCCGUGCAAGGCCUGGGUGGAGCCGCCCAAACAGGCCAAGUGCCCCAGGUGCUGGAGGUAUGUUGCGCCCAAGGAGGAUGAGCUCUGCGCGAGAUGCGAGGAGGUUGUGGGAGAUGGUGUACAGUAGUAGGUUAGCUGUAUGAUAUGGCUGAGGUAUUUUGGUGUUAGAUAAAGGUUACGCAUGGCCCAUGCGGUGUAUACCCCAUUCCGUCGUAUCAGUUAAAGACAACGACCAAUAACUAUCCGGGUGGACUAGAUGCCCUGAAGGGAUUCUCAGGAAGCUGUUUACACAAGUCAGGUUGCACUAUGCAUUACUUCGUAGUACCAGUGAAACGAG